CAGCGAGCCGAGGCGAGCGGUCUCUCUUCCUCUUCUUUUACCGAUGGCCAACGAUUCCCUCGCCCACCACCUGCUGCUUCCUCUCGCCGGCGGCUGCUGGUCCGACGUGGAGGAGGAGGAGGAGGAGGAGGAGGCGAGCAACGUCUCCUUCCCCUCGUUCUGGCCGCCCUUCCCCGCUCUCUCGCCGGACCCCGACUCCGACGCAGACAGCUUCGUGCGUCCGCGCAUGGACCGGCCCCGGGAGACCGCCGCGUCGUCCUUCUUCGGGCUCGGCUUCCACGACGGGGAAGACGACGAGUGGGCACCAGCCGACGAGGAUGGGGAGCUCGGGCUGCCCCUCUGCUGGGACUGCCUGCAGCUGGAGGACCACGACGACGACGACCACCGAAGGUGGGACGUCGGCGUCAGCGACGCGGACGAGUGGGAGCAGGUUGCCGGCCGGGAGGAGGAGGCUGCGGCGGCGGCUGCGGCGCCCGCGGUUCGGAGCCUGCAGUGGGAGGUGCUGCUCGCCGCCAACAGCCUGGGGAGCCUCGUGGUGGACGACGGCGACGACGACCUGGACUCGGGAAUCGAGACGUACUUCCUCGACGACGCCGACGACCUACUAUUCGGGCAGCUCGCCGCGGCGGAUGCGGACCACGAGCCGCCGCCGGGCAAGUGCGGGCGACCGGCCGCGAAGGCCGCGGUGGAGGCGCUCCCGACGGUGGUGGUCUUAGAGGCCGACGCGCAGUGCGCGGUAUGCAAGGACGGCGUCGAGGCCGGGGAGGAGCGAGCCCGGAGGCUGCCGUGCGCGCACCUCUACCACGACGGGUGCAUCCUGCCGUGGCUCGCCAUCCGCAACACGUGCCCGCUCUGCCGCCACGAGCUGCCCACCGACGACACCGAGUACGAGAGGUGGAAGGCGAGGCGGGCCGCCGGCGACGGUGGCGAUGCUGCCGAUGCCGAUGCAGACCGGCUUGGCACGGCGGCAGGUACGGUGUCCUCGUCAGGAUACCUUGACGAAUGGAUAGGCGAAAGGAGCAACGGGCUAGUUUGAUUCAGCAAUUAGAGCGCGGUGCCGUGUUAAUGUUCGGUUCUGCAACCUUGCUGCAAAUUCCUUUUUGGUCGGGUUGGAGAGGGAUCAAAUCAGUAGUGUGGAUUGGUUGGUGUGGUGGUGGUUUUCGUAGACAGCGAUGACAUAACACGGCGCAUUUUAAUUUUACAAUGUGUGUAUUUGGAUGUGAGAUUUAAGGUUAUCGGUUUCUUCUGUUCUUUAUAUAAGGCGGAAAGAACAGUG